AUGGAGCCGCCUCGCGCCCAAGCACCACGUGGAGGGCCGCAUUUCACAACACUCGAGACCCUCGAUCCAUCCACACCUCAUGAAUUCGCCAAGCCCAGCAAACGGAUCAACGAGGGCCCUGAUGUGUCCGACUUCCUCGUCUCCAAGGCGUACAGAGAUAUCGGCAUAUUUGUCCUGCAACUCAACCGGGCCAUGUGCCCUAGGAAGGUAAAGACUGAAGACGGCAAGGAAAAAGUGCAGACUUUUGAUAUUGGCUCAAAAUACGAGUCCGAGCCGGUUGAGUCGGUGAAAAGACUCCAGCAGAUGCUGGCCAAGAUAGAAUCGUAUAUCAGCGAGGCCCCGCCGGAUACCGGCCCUAGGCGUUUUGGAAACGUGAGCUUUCGCCAGUGGUAUAAGCUACUUGAGGACAGGAUCUCAACUCUGCUCCGAGAGUAUCUCCCCGAGUCGGUGUUGGACUUUGGCUCCCAACAAGGAACUGGUGCCACGGCCGCAGACGAGCUCGGGGCUUAUCUGCUUGGGUCCUUCGGCAGCCCUCAAAGACUGGACUACGGCACCGGCCAUGAGCUGAGCUUUCUCGCCUUUCUCAUCGGGUUAUGGAAGCUCGGCGCGUUCCAAGAUGGCACACAGGGCGGGGAAAUAGAGCGAGACAUCAUCCUUGGCAUCUUCGAACCAUACCUGCGAGUCAUCCGUAAACUCAUCCUAACCUACACACUGGAGCCUGCGGGGUCUCACGGCGUUUGGGGCUUGGACGACCACUCCUUCCAGCCCUACAUCUACGGCUCUGCACAGCUGACGAAGGCGAUUACAGAGGAUGAAGAGAUGCCCUCCGAAGGGUCUCGGUUCGGAGCACCUAAGCUGGACUCCGUUUCCAAGGCGGAGCGUGUUGAAGACUACCGGGGAACAAACAUGUAUUUCUCUGCUGUUGGGUUCAUCUACGACGUCAAGACGGGGCCCUUUGGGGAACACAGCUCCGUACUACACUCCUUGUCACAGGUCAAACUUGGCUGGGGCAAAAUCAACUCGGGCAUGAUGAAGAUGUUCAACGGCGAGGUUCUUUCAAAGUUCCCCGUAGUGCAACAUCUCCCUUUCGGGUCUCUCCUUUCCUGGGAUAGAGACCCCAACGCGAAGCCGCCACAGCAGUCCGUACACAUGGUCAACCAGCCUAUCGCUGCCGCCGCCAUAAAGAAUGCGCCCGGUACUGGAGCCGGAACUGCUGCUCCUUGGGCGAAGCCAGGGAAUAACCCACCCUCGACGCAGGCGCCGUGGGCAGGCCAGCCUACCAUGCGAGCCCCUCCUCCCAAUGCUACGCAAUUGCCGACGACACGCGCGCCAUGGGCAGGUUCCCAGACUUCGGCAAGACCUCCUGCACAGCCGGCCGGUUCCACAGACGCGCAGAUUACGAUCACAAAAGCCCCCUGGGCCAAGGACUGA